GCCUCUUCAUCAGGGCUGUCCCGGAGUCGAAAGCUAUCGUGAUCAAGCGACGCAUGCGCAUUAGCGUCCACAAUGUGGCUGUCUGUAUGUAGAAAUGUCCAACGGUUAAAUCAGCGACAAUACGUUUUGAUCUCCAAAGCAGUGUGUGCCCACCAGGUGCAUAGCAGUAGCACUUGGUUUACAGACAGCUGCUAUGAUGGGCUGUAUCCUGGACAUAUCCACACCACCCCCAUCCAGAAAGCCCUGUUGGCUGUUGGGUCAGGUGUGGCUGCACUACAAAACCCCUACAGACAUGACAUGGUUGCAGUGCUCGGGGAGACAACAGGGCACCUUGCGUUGAUAAAUCUCAGGGACAAGAUGAGAAACGACCCUGAAGGCUACACUAUCCUUACGUGAAAAGGACCCAGGAUCCGGCUGUCAACACUUGAUCUGAGCGAGAUGGCCUCUCUGCCUGAUGGCUCAUUUGGGAGAGAAUACCUUCGUUUUCUGGAGGACAAUCAUGUGACCCCCGACUCAAGGGCAGACGUGAGGUUUGUGGACGAUGAAGAGCUAGCUUACGUCAUGCAGCGAUACAGAGAGGUCCAUGACUUGCUGCAUACCUUACUGGGCAUGCCCACCAACAUGUUGGGGGAAGUGGCAGUGAAAUGGUUUGAAGCUGCUCAGACUGGGCUUCCUAUGUGUGCUCUUGGCGCUGUUUUGGGGCCACUUCGGCUGAAUUCAAGCCGUUUACAGUCGCUGUUCACAUCCAUGGGCCCCUGGGCUCUGCAGAAUGGUCGUCGGGCCCGCUGCGUCCUCAGCAUCUUCUAUGAGAGACGAUGGGCGCAGAGCAUCGAAGACCUCCGACAAGAGCUCAACAUAGAGCCACCUCCAGUCAUACUCAGUGCUACCAACAAGCGGAACACCUGACAAAGACAAAAGAGUCAGGAAUCCCCGGGCUAAAGACUUUUAAUAGCGGAAAAAACAGAAAUAUUUGAAGUGUUCUACUGUAGAGAAGGAUGUUGGAAGGAUUUGCCAAACUCUGGCUUUGUCAAAUUUUACUUCUUGAGAAGUUGAGUUUGUUAUGCUCUUCUGAUGCUGCUAGACAGGUCUGCUUCAACAGACAUGUUCAUGUUCAGGCACCAUCUGUUGUUGCAAAUGUGACACUGUGUGUAUUUGUAUCAAGGAAAAAAAUAAAUAAAAAAAGACUUGCAUACUGAA